AGAGCGUGUUGACAGUUCACCUUCCAUUUUGUGCAUUUCAGCUAUUAUUUCCGCUUUAAAUUGAAUGGCUAGAUCGAAUGGAUGUUAAUAAAAUGUAAUAUAUUUAUCAACAGCACCCUGAAUUAUUUGUCGCUGCAUUUCGACCUUGAUUUGUGGAAACUCUUUAAGGUCAAGGUCGACGGAAUUGUUUUUUUUUACACAAAGUUAGCAAAUGUCAAAUGGAUGGUUUGAGAUUUCUAUCGAUUUGGAAUUGAUUGCAUUUAAUUGAAAAUGGCUACUUGUCAAGUUAGGUUUCUUACAUUAAACAAAGGAGAAAAUCUUGAGAGGACUUUGUAUAGACUUGAAAAAGGAUGGCACCUUCGGUUUGUUCUUGGCCCAUCCCUUCAUGCCAGCACUGUCCGCCUGUUCUGCAACCAUCCGAGAGAGCAGGAUGAGCCAUUUGAGAGGACAACAUACUAUGAACUGCAAUGGAAAAGCUCAAGUGGGUCAAAGAGUGACAGCCAUGACGUCUACAGUGAAAUACCCAUUGUAUUAGCAGGCUCUUUCAACUAUUACUUUACAGUUGAUAACAGUAGAAGCAAUGUGAACGGGCAGGGUUAUUUCCUUGUUGAUCCAACCCUCUCAGUGGGCACGGGUGAUGAGCAGCUCACACUUGACUGUCUACAGUGCCAGUCCGUCCUCGCCAAAUGUCUGGGCCCGUUCCACGAAUGGGAGGGACGGCUGUAUGUUGCCAAGGCAACCGGGUAUAACCUGAUCCACCUGACCCCCAUACAGGCCCUAGGGACUUCAAACUCUUCUUACUCAAUCAAAGACCAGCUUCAGUUUAACCCGAUAUUCAACAAUCAUGGUGCUGGCUGCACGUUUGAAGACGUGGAUAGACUGAUACAGAAAAUGAACCGGGAGUGGCAUGUGUUGUGUAUGACAGACCUGGUGUACAAUCAUAGUGCUGACAACAGCCCUUGGCUGGAGGAACACCCAGAGUGUGGGUUUAACCUGGAAAAUUCCCCACACCUUAAGACAGCUUAUCUCCUUGACAGGAUUUUUGCCAACUUCAGUCGGGAGGUUGCUGACGGCAAGUGGAAACAUCGGGGAAUCCCACCAGAAAUUGCUACAGAAGAAACUGUUAAAAAAAUAGGUGAAGUUUUGAGAACACAUGUUUUGCCAGAUCAGAAGAUGCAUGAGUUUUAUACAGUCAGUGUAGACGACAUAAUCAAAAGAUUUAAGCAUGGAAUUGAAGAGAACCGGCCCAUACCGGGAAACCCCAGCAGUGUCAGUAUAAUCCAGGACCCCACAUUUCAGAGGAAUGCCUGCCGGGUUGAUAUGGAUGCUGUCCUCAAACUUUACAACACAGACAGGCCAGGGGCCACCAGCCGGAGUCAACGUAUCCAGGUGUGUUGUGACAUGUUGAGGCGUGACCUUGAGACCAUGAACAGUGAGAAAACCAACGCCCUACUGGACCACCUCAAUGAGGCAGUGACAAACUUUCUCGCUAACAUACGCUGGAGGUUCCUUGACCCAAAAGGACCUAAACAUAAAAUUGUUACAAAGAAAGAUCCUCUCAUGCAUGAUUAUUUCAUAGUACCAGAGAAGUUCCUUGGAAGCCUGGCCAUUGAGGAAGGUUACAUGUACGGGGAUUCAGCCAAGUUCAUCUUUGCCUGCAACGGCUGGGUCAUGCAUGAUGACCCACUGAAAAACUUUGCUGAGCCUGGCUCCAAUGUGUACCUGCGUCGUGAGCUGGUGGGGUGGGGUGACAGUGCCAAGCUGCGGUAUGGCAAGAAGCCAGAGGACUGCCCGUAUCUGUGGCAACGUAUGAAGGACUACACCGAGAUGACUGCCCGCAUGUUCCACAGUGUCAGGCUCGACAACUGUCACAGCACACCAAUACAUGUAGCCGAGUACAUGCUGGAUGCUGCACGAAAGAUACGCCCGGACCUGUAUGUGGUUGCAGAAUUGUUCACAGGCGGGGAACACCUAGACAACCUCUUCAUUAACAGGCUUGGCAUUAACUCCCUUAUCAGGGAGGCCAUGAGUCCGGAAACCAGCCGUAAAUUGGGUGCGUUGAUACACCGGUAUGGUGGUCAGCCGGUUGGGGCCUUUGUCCAGCCCCGAAUACAGCCCCUUAUGCCCACCAUGGCUCAUGCACUGUUCUUCGACCAGACACACGAUAAUCCAUCACCCAUCAAGACACUUUCAGCCUUCACAAUGCUGCCCAAUGCGGCCUUGGUGUCCAUGGCUUGCUGCGCUACAGGCAGCAACAGAGGAUAUGAUCAGAUGGUCCCGCACCAUAUCCAUGUGGUAACAGAGGACAGGAAGUACCCAUCAUGGGCAGACUGGGAUUUCCCCGACCGUCCGUACAUCAACCAGACAUUCGGUAUAACCCGUGCCAAGACAUUGAUUAACAAUCUACACUUCAUGCUUGGGGCUGGCGGAGUAAAAACCGGCAGUGCAAGCGAUAGGCGGAACUUCUCACAGGUGUAUGUAGACCAGAUAGAUGAGGACACUGUGUCCGUGACUCGGCACAACCCGGUUACCCAUGAAAGUAUUGUCCUGGUUGCCCGUACCGCCUUCAAUGAGCCAGAAGACCCGGAGAAGACAGCCCAUGUCAGGCCCAUCACUCUAGAGGGUGUGGUAGAGACCAUCCUGUUUGAGAUCCAGACAUUUCACACGGAUGCCUAUGAGUAUGUGAAAGAUGCGGACUUCAUCAAUGGUCUUCCAGACUACUACCUGAAGCUGCAGGAGAACAUUCCUCCCAGCCUCAGUAAGAUGUGCACAACCAAGGUCCAGCCUGAUGGCAUGGCAACCGUUGUUAAUCUUCAAACAUUCACUCCCGGCAGUGUGAUAGCUUUCAAAAUAGCCUUACCAAGCAAAGCUCAAAAAGCAAUUCUGGAAAUUCGUCGAGGCCUGGGACAGUUUGGCUACUUGAUGAGGUCGUACAGUGGCCGUACGAUGUUUGAUGAGACGUUUGACACAUCCAACUUCCGAGCUAUUGUUUCCGACUUGAGUCUUGCUGACCUAAACAUAGCACUGUUCCGAAAUAGAUCUGAAGAGGAGGCAGAUGGGAAGGGUUUCGGUGUGUACAAUAUCCCGGGAUUUGGCGAUAUGACAUUCUGUGGUCUCAGAGGUGUGUCAACUGUGUUGAGCAAUGUUCGGCCUCGUAACGACCUUGGACACCCUCUGUGUAACAACCUCCGAGAUGGAGAUUGGCUUCCAGCUUACAUUGCCAAGCGGCUGCAGGUCCAUGAGGGAACUAUACAUCUUGGGAAUUGGUUUGAGAACUUGUUUAAGCAUCUGUCUCAAGUUCCACGCUACCUGAUACCGAGCUACUUUGAUGCCAUCAUCACUGGAGCUUAUGUCAUACUGCGCUCUCAUGCCUACUCUCUCAUGUCAGAUUUUGUAGCCGAUGGUUCAACAUUUGUGCAAGCACUGGCCAUGGGAUCUGUGAUGUUCUGUGGCUAUGUCAAAGAUGCUGAGCUGCCACAACUAUCCCCAAACCUGGCUCCCCCAAAACCUCCUUUGAAAGAGGGCUCAAAGAUAGCUACUCCAGAGAAAUCAGGGAAAGUUACUGCCCAAAAGAAGGGGGGAGAGAAUUCAGUUCAACAGAAAGGGCAGAAAAAAGUGUCUGAAGAAAAUCAAGCCUGUUCAACUCAACAAAAAGAGCAGAAAAAAGAGUUAGAAGAAAAACAAACCUGUUCAGUGGAAGAGAAAGAGCAAAAAAAAGUGUUUGAAGAAAAUCAAGCCUGUCUGUCGAUAGCAGCAGGGUUUCCUCAUUUCUCAAGUUCAUACAUGCGUAACUGGGGCCGGGACACGUUCAUUGCCCUCAGGGGACUUUUGUUGCUCACAGGCAGAUACAACGAAGCAAGGUAUGUCAUCCUAGCAUAUGCAGGUGCCAUGCGCCAUGGCUUGAUCCCCAAUUUGCUCAACAAGGGAAUUGGUGCACGGUAUAACUGCCGAGACGCAGUUUGGUUUUGGCUUCAGUCCAUACAGGACUACUGUAACAUGGUGCCGGAGGGGCUGGCCAUUCUAAAGGACACUGUUGCUAGGAUUUACCCCACUGAUGAUGCUGAACCACAGGGGCCUGGAGAACAUGACCAGCCCCUUGUGGAGGUGGUUCAGGAGGCUCUACAGAAACAUGCGGCGGGGAUCAAGUUCCGAGAGAGGAGGGCGGGUGCGGCUAUUGACGAACACAUGACAGACAAAGGUCACUCCCGACAUAAACAUUCCCCAGAUAGGUUUGACAUGGAGGUGGGCGUGAAGUGGGACCUGGGCUUCGUGUAUGGGGGAAAUGAGCACAACUGUGGUACAUGGAUGGAUAAGAUGGGCUCCUCUAACCUGGCUGGGAACAGUGGCAAGCCAGCAACGCCAAGGGAUGGUUCUGCGGUGGAGUUGAUUGGGCUGUCUGCCUCAAGUAUGCUGUGGCUGGAUGGGCUCCAUAAGGCGGGACACUAUCCGUAUAGUGGAGUCACCAGCUAUUUUAAUGGAAAUGAAGAACAGGUGUCAUUUCUAGACUGGUACAACCUUAUAAAGAAGAACUUUGAGUUUUGUUUUUGGGUAAAUACGGAACCAGUUGAGGGCGAGCAGGCACCAGAGCUGAUCGCAAAACGUGGAAUCUACAAGGACACAUAUUUCGCCACCCAGUUCUGGACAAACACACAGCUGCGGCCUAACUUCCCUAUAGCUAUGGUUGUGGCACCAGACCUGUUCAACCCAGACCAUGCCUGGACAGCACUUGGGAUGGCUCAGAAGAUUCUUCUGGGACCACUUGGGAUGAAAACACUUGACCCAGAUGACUGGAGCUAUGUGCCAUACUAUGAUAACCGGAUAGAAUGUGCAGAUGCCAAGAUUGCCAAGGGGUUCAGCUACCACCAGGGACCGGAAUGGGUGUGGCCGAUUGGCUACUUCCUGAGAGCCAAGCUGUUGUUUGCCAAAAAGCUUGAGUCAUCGCGACCUGGUAUCCUGAAGGAGACUGUUUUAUUUAUAAGAACGACCUUGACCAGACAUUAUGAAGAGGUCAUGAACUCAUCCUGGAGGUCACUGCCUGAACUGACCAAUCACAAUGGAGAACCAAAUAUGUUUGGUUGUCCGGCCCAGGCUUGGAGUGUGUCCUGCGUGCUAGAUGUCCUCUACGACCUAGAAAAUCUGGAUAACUCCGUCACAAUCACUCCUAGCAAGUCAACAGAAAAUCUUGUUGUUGCACCUUUAUGAGGAUGAGGCAUAGGGAUGUGAUAUUAUUAGAUUUCGCGGGGGGGGGGGGGGUUAUGACAUUGAAGUCAAAGAAACAACUUUGAGAGAAGUUAUGUGACAUUUGGCAUGAAGUGAAGAAAAUUUGAUAUAAACUUUCUAUGGUGGAAAAAAUCAAUACUUGUUUGCCAAAAAUAAUUGUUGUAAUGUUUUACUGUGCCAGCAUAAAAAGUAAUUUUGCUUUAUUUUUUAUUAGUAAUUAUUUUGGUGAAUAAAUACAGCUGUAUUGUCCAGAAUAUAUGUUAUAAGAAAAAUAUUUUCUAGUCUGGAUCUUAUUAAGCACUUAUUUUUUUACAACACUUAUUUUUAAACAUUAUUAUAAGUUAAUUCCCUACUGGUGCAUUUUAUAUUCAGAAUGUCAUAAAACCAUAUAGUAGUUUGAAUACAAUUAUUGAUCAAAAUGAAUAUGGUACCAGUAUGUUAAUGGUGAACUCAUGCUAAAAGAAGUAUUAUGUUGAGGUACAUACAUAUAAUACAUUUUUAUGCCCCCUUUUGAAAAAAGUGGGGUAUAUUGUUUUGCACAUGUCGGUCGGUCGGUCGGUCGGUCUGUCGGUCGGUCGGUCGGAAUACCAAAUGGUUUCCGAUCAAUAACUUGAGAACGCUUUGACCGAGGGACCUCAUACUUGGUAUGUGUAUUGGUCAUCACCAGCAGAUGAACCCUAUUGAUUUUGAGGUCAGUGGGUCAAAGGUCAAGGUCAGUGUGACCUUUACAUGAAAAACGGUUUCCGAUCAAUAACUUGAGAACGCUUUGACCCAGGAACCUCAUACUUGGUAGGUGUAUUGGUCAUGACCAGCAGAUGAACCCUAUUGAUUUUGAGGUCAGUGGGUCAAAGGUCAAGGUCAGUGUGACCUUAACAUGAAAAACGGUUUCCGAUCAAUAACUUGAGAACGCUUUGACCCAGGGACCUCAUACUAGGUAGGCUUAUUGGUCAUGACCAGCAGAUGAACCCUAUUGAUUUUGAGGUCAGUGGGUCAAAGGUCAAGGUCAGUGUGACCUUUACAUGAAAAACGGUUUCCGAUCAAUAACUUGAGAACGCUUUGACCCAGGGACCUCAUACUUGGUAGGUGUAUUGGUCAUGACCAGCAGAUGAACCCUAUUGAUUUUGAGGUCAAAGGUCAAGGUCAGUGUGACCUUAACAUGAAAAACGGUUUCCGAUCAAUAACUUGAGAACGCUUUGACCCAGGGACCUCAUACUAGGUAGGCUUAUUGGUCAUGACCAGCAGAUGAACCCUAUUGAUUUUGAGGUCAGUGGGUCAAAGGUCAAGGUCAGUGUGACCUUUACAUGAAAAACGGUUUCCGAUCAAUAACUUGAGAACGCUUUGACCCAGGGACCUCAUACUUGGUAGGUGUAUUGGUCAUGACCAGCAGAUGAACCCUAUUGAUUUUGAGGUCAGUGGGUCAAAGGUCAAGGUCAGUGUGACCUUUACAUGAAAAACGGUUUCCGAUCAAUAACUUGAGAACGCUUUGACCCAGGGACCUCAUACUAGGUAGGCUUAUUGGUCAUGACCAGCAGAUGAACCCUAUUGAUUUUGAGGUCAGUGGGUCAAAGGUCAAGGUCAGUGUGACUGUAAGCUGAAAAAAGGUUUUCUGAUUGUCCAUAUUUUUUUAAUGCAUGCACAGAUGAUUGGGAUUGAUGUAUAAAUGUUUGUAUAGAAAUGAUUUUCUUUUAUGUUACUAUUUUAGUUGGGCAUUUAUUUUUAAUCAUUCUGUUAGUGAGAAUUCCUAUGGAUGCAUUGUAGAGCUACAUAUAGUUUUUAUCAUAGAAACAAGAUGUACUCAUUAUAAUUGUAAGGUCUAAGGGCUCAAUGCCAAUGUUUACAUGUGUGCUCCAUUGUCAUGGGGCUAGGCAGCAGCCCAUAUGUUAUCAAGGCUAACUCAGAUAACUAAGGCUACCUGAGAUGUAUUGAGAUGAAAUAGGGAUGGAUAGGUCACGGUAUGCCAUUGAAAUCAGUAUUAACUGAUGCUGUGAUUUACAUACUUCAGAAAAGCCAUUCAAAUACUAUCCUUCAUGUAUGGAUGUUUACCUUGUUUGUUUUUUUUUCAAAGAAAAUAAUUCAUGUUAUUGUCACAGCAUUGACAUUGUUGUUGUCGGCUUUCUGGUGGGAAUUGUUGUUGGCGUGCAAAAUUCUUAACCUUGACCAUUACUCAUAAACCAUUAAAGAUAUUCCAAUGAAACUUGGUACAUAUGUUGCUGGAGAAAAUUCACUUUUACAAUGAUGCCUAUAAACUCUGGUUUUAAUAAUAGUUGUGUUCUGCCCCUUAUUUGACUGAAAAACAACAGACCACUGAAAGUGUGGACUUGUGUCCUCUUGUUUCAUCUUUAUCAUGAAUACAAAAAUGAUAAAAUUAUUUUUUUAUAGUUAAAAAUAUUUGUUUUCACAAUACAAAACUUCGCAUUUGGUUGUGAGUAGUUUGGUAUUGAAAGUCUCAUUAAAACUUUGUUUGAAUUUGAAUAUUCCAUGAAAGUAAUAAAUAUCAAAUAAAUUGGAUAGUUAGUUUGAUUGAUUCUAUUUUGUGCAAAACAAUUUUUUGAGUUGAUUCUUUCUUUCAAUUUAACUCCAGUCAUUCAUUUUUAUUGUAAAUGAAUCAAAAAGUAGAUUAUAGAACAUACAAGUAGUUUUAACACUCUUGUGUAUUACAUUAUAAACCUGUAGAGCUACAUGUAUAAAUGUUUAAUUAUUAAAAUAACACAUGAACAUUUAAUGUUGUUUUGUAAGGUCUGAACAAAUCUAUUGUUUAUGUCCACAAAUUGAAGUGCUGUGAUUUGCUUUUAAUAUGUGUGUGCUUGUUUUGUCUGUAUAUUUUGCAUUAAGUUUUAGCCAGUACCAAUUAUAAAGCUGCAAAAUAGAAAAAGUACUUUUUUCUCUGAGAAUGAGGAGUUUAUCAGCAAGAUUGAAACUGUACCAGAUAACGCCAUUUUUCUUCCAUUAACGCUUUUACCCCUCUAAAAAGUUGAAAGAAAUUCAGCAGGAUGUGAACUCUUUUAAAGAAAAUUGAAAUAAACUAUCUUAUAUGACUACAUUGUUCUAAAGUGGUGCAGAAUAAUGUCAUUUCAGUUCAUUUAUAUUAGGCUAGUGAAUUCGUUCUUACAAUAAGCAUACAUUAUGAAAAUGAUUGUACUGAUUUUUAGAUCAGGGGUUUAACUUUCUCCCAUUUCUCUGAUUAUUUAAGAAAAACCUCCAUUUCUUGGUGAAAAGUGAUCCCUUACAAGUACAUUACAUGUAUGUACUAACAUUUGAAUGUUACUAUACAUUUGGUUUUGUCAACCUGAGCUCCUCGAUCAACCUUUCUGUUUAAAAAGUAUCUCUUUCAUCAUUCAGUUUAAAACCUUAUUUAAGCAGAGAGCCCUUUUGUAGUUCUCCAUGGCUAGAAUUUUUCUGUCUCACGGAUAACCUUAUGCACCAGUCAAUUGUGACCACGGCUCCCCCAGGUCCGGGGUGUACCGGGGUUAGCCGGGGAAAUGGGCCGUGUUUUUACCUUUCAGUGCCGGGUGAAUGCGGUGGUUUUGUCUUCGCACAAAUAUAGCGGGGAAUGCGCCUAACCUGGGGUGCGGGUGAAUUUGGCAGGGAUUUUACCAUCAGUUCGUCCCCGCAGGGUGGGGAUUUUACCCGGGGUUGGCUUGACCGAAAGUCAAAGUCCCCGCUAUUCCCCGGACCUGGGGCGGCCGUGGUUACAAUUUACUGGUGCAUUAUAUUGAUUCAGGCUGAUGCAUCUAAAAUGAAUUGUAAAACCAUAUGAAAUUUCUGGUCAUGCGACUAAACAUUUCUCACUCUUCCUGAUAACAUAUUCUAUUUUUAGCCAAAGUACUCUUUCAUACUGUCAAUUUGCCCAAUUAUAGUGAUAAAACCCUAACCCUUUUUCCCUCUUUGAUUGUUAAAGGGACUAGACACCAGAUGGUCCAAAUAUUGGCAAAUACAGGAUUUUAUAAAAACAAACGAGCCAAGAAUAGAUUGCGUAGGAGGCCGAAAAUACAUAAUUUUAGAUGGUUAAAAUAAUAAACGCAACAAUAAUGUUGCCGUCUCAUCAGUGUUUCCCCUUUUAAAAAUAGCGCAUAAUGAUUUUCCAGCUCAUGUAAUAUCUGUUUAGGAGUACAUAUAAAUAUUCGGACGCUAUUUUUAAACUUACUGUGAUUGACGUUGUAGACAACCCCAGUAAACUUCGAAAAAACUACGAAAACACUGAGAAAGAUGCAUGUGUCGUAAGCUAUGUGAUGCAGCUAGUAAGAUUCAAUGCGUUGUACACAAUGUCAAUUUUGUGUAAGUUUUUGACAUUUUUUUUCUCUUUUUGUCUUGUAAAUGUAUCAUCUGGUGUCUAGUCCCUUUAAACUGUUUGUUAAAAUUAAGUUUGUCCAUCAAAUUUUGAUGACAUUGCAUGGGUAAAAUGUGGCAUUAAUUCAUGUAGUGGAAUCUAGGAUUCAAAUUUACAUGGCAUUUGGAAUCUCUUUAAUAUCUUGAAAACAAAAUAGAAAACUUGUUGGGCAUUUGAACCAUGGGUGCUUAAUAUGUUUAUCUUUGUUUUACUCAUUUUGAAUUUGUUGAACAUGUUUAUUUUAUUAUCAUUUGUCUACCUAGUGCUUGCUUUACACGCACAUGUAUAUUGGAAAUAACGCAACACAUGGAAAUAUCAGUGGUCUUUUCCGUCCUACUUGUACUUCUUUUAAUUAAUAAAGAUCUCUUUCCAACAAAUAUUAACAUUUUGAACUCUUAAAUAUAAGAAGUUGUGCAAGAAGGUGUAAAGAAGUAAUUGUUUGUCAAAAUAUUGUAUCUGCACUGAAACUCAAUGUGUAUGUAAUGUGUUCUAUUAUUUUAGCAUUAUCCAGAUUUAUUUACAGAUUUGUUUUAUUCUGCCCUUGUUGUUAUAAGUGUUAUAUUUUGGUACAUUAGGGUUUGCUACGCAGAAUAAAACCUUAAAUCAUU